CCCUCUUCAUGCCAAUAUACCCACUUCUGCAGUUUCACACCCAUCCGUUACAAGAGAAAUUUGGUCAGAUGUCUCACGAGCAGAGCAAAAAAGAUCUGUACAGUAGACACUCUAAGUCAGGAGCUUGAAUUUCUCAUCAACUCACUGACCGAGAUCGGCUACCCCAGCGCGUUCAUUAAGAAAUACAUGCAGGAUAUAAUAAAGAAGUCGGAGAUUUCGACUGUUCGUAAGAAACAUUUAUACAUGAAAGUGCAAUUCAACGGGGAUGUGGCUAGUGACACUCUGAAAUAUAGGUUAACCAAAGUAAUCACCAAGACAUUCUACGCAGCCAAUCUUGCGUUGACCUUCUCUUGUCGACCAGCGAUGUCUACUCAAACGAAGGAUAAGCUGCCUGAGUUGGCCUCUUCCAUGUGCAUCUACAAAUUCAGCUGCUCCUGUGGAGAUAGCUAUAUAGGGCGUACUACCAGGCAACUUAACCAACGAAUGAGUGAACAUCUACCAACUUGGUACAUAAAGGGUCAGAGAAAAACUAUUCGCAGCUCUAUACUAGCACAUCUUAUUGAUAGCGGUCAUGCAGUAGAUAAAUUGAAAUCAUUUCGAGUUAUCUAUCGUAUACCUCCAUCAUUUCCUGACGGAGUCCGUUCCCGUCUCCUAUAUAUAGCUGAAGCCAUUGGAAUUCGUACAUAUAACCCCAAUCUAUGUGUACAGAAGAAAUACGUGACUCCCCUAUCCCUUCCAUGGCCAGUUAUAACCUAACUAACAAUUUUUUUUUUUAAUUUCAAAUUUUAUUAUUAUCAUUAUUUAUUUUAUUCUAUCUGUGUUAUUGUUAACCUUAUUUCCACAUCCAUUAUUUGUUUGUCAUUAUCCGCCUCUUUGUAUUCUUCACUAUCUAAUUAUUUACACACAUCUUAUUACGUAAUGAUUUUUAAUGUUUUGUGAUUA